AUGAAGCUUGGUCUGAGCGACUGUAGCGGCCGGGACGUUGCGCAUCCGCUCUUGACUAGAGCUCUGCAGCGACCAAGACUCGCCUCAAACUUUGUGAAAAUGUCCUCUUGGUUCAACACGACGAGCACCCUGCGGCAUGUGUCCACGGUCCCAAAGGGCCUCCCCGCUUCCAAGCUGGCGCAAGGGCUGCAAAAUCAUGAAAACUACAUCAAGCACAAUCCUCACAUGGCCAAAUACGAAGCCAUCGCCACUCCCACAGAUCCAGCCCCCACCAUCCCCGAGACGCGCGGGGUCGCGGCGACUGGCGAACCCGACUGCUACCGUGUGACUGACAAGAUACACACGCUUCCCGCCGGCCUCUGGGACUCAGACGUCGUCAGCACAUACGAGUUCAUCAAUGUUGACAACGGCGUGUUUGUCCGGAUUCGUAGCCCCAUGAAUGUUAUGAUGGAGUCGCUCUGGCUUGUCAAGGAUGCAGAGGAUGGCAAGGUGGAGUUGGUAGAGGAGCAAGUGAUUACAGCAUCGCGACUGCUCAUGGGCACAGUGAAAUCCAUGUCGGAAACUGGAUGGGAAGGCAUCCACGCUUCCAUGAUAAAAAAGGCACUGGAGUAG